AUGGCGGAUGUUGAGGAUCCGGUAAUAAGGGAGACAUACGAAGAAGUUAGAGAUGACAGAAAUGAUACAAACUGGUUGAUUCUCCAGUAUGAAAGUGAGAAAUCCGACAAAUUGAUUUUAGCUGCGAAAGGCCCUGGAGGAUUAGAAGAAUUUACCGAACAGCUCUCUCCAGAUCAAGCAGCAUUCGGAUAUCUUCGAAUGAACGUAUCUAAUGACGAAUUAUCCGUGAGAACCAAAUUUGUGUUUGUUACAUGGAUUGGGAGUCGAGUCAAGGUUUUGAGAAAGGCAAAGUUAAGCGUACAUGUGAGCGAUGUCAAGAGGGUGUUGAAUGCGUAUGCAAUUGAAAUCACUGCACACGACAAAAACGACUUUAUUGAGUCUGAAAUUUUAACUCAACUCAGAAAGGCAGGCGGUGCUAACUAUGAUAGAGGGUCUCACAAUUAUUGA